AUAACUAUUGGUAGUGUGGACACUCUGCUUGCUUUUUUCAAAACCGGGAGUUAUUUCAAAAUAACUCUCUAGUGUAAACCAGGGAUAGGGUGCCACAGGAUCACUCGUUGUUUUUGUAGUGAAACUCGUGAGCUUUUAUAAAUGGGGAGAUCAUAUGGAAACGCAGACACAGCCAUUCUCUACAAGUCACUCUCUCUUUCUCUUAAAUUGCAGGUGGGUUUCUGCUCUGUGUAACAGCCCAGGCUCAAUAGCCAUAAAAAAGACCAACGAGUGGGUGAGGCGCAUCAGACUACCUCCAAAUAUUUUGAAUUAUAAAAGAAAUGAAUCUUGCAAAUGAUAGUGCAACUUCCAGAGACAUAUUUGACUGGGACUAUAUUCUCUGGAGUGUUCGUUUAAAGUUACUAGCAGCUGGCUUUUUUAUGUACCUGGGAGUAUCUUUUCUAGCUCACUGGCUGUCAUUAUGGAUCAGUGCCAGUUAUCCUGCUUUGUCAACAAAAAAGAAGAUUGAAUGGAAUAUAGAUAUCACACGUGGCGUGUUUGGAGUUCAGUGUUCUAUAGCUGGGUUCUGGGCCUUGCUUAUAGAUCCAGUUUUCCAAGCUGACAAAGUGUAUUCACAGCAAAAUUGGAGCUGGCUUCAUUGCUUAGUAGCCUCUGGCUGCAUGUUACUUGACGAUGUAUAUCUUCUUGUGUUUGAUAUUGUUUUCAGGACACGUAAUAUGAUCUUGUUAGUUCAUCAUUUUUUUGCUUCUGGUGCACUUCUUGGUCUGAUAAUUAACAUAAAGUCUGGACACUAUCUAAUCCUGAUAGGACUUCUGCUUGAGAUGAUCACUCCAUUAAACUGCCUGACAACAUUGCUUAAAGUGACUGGCAAUGCUAAUACUCUUCUGGGGAAGGUAAACCGAUGGGUGCAUCUUCAUAUUCAACACUGCCGUGUGGUCCUUACUUAUCACAUGUGGUGGGUUUGUAUUUCCAACUGGAAUGAUGUGGUGGAAAAUCUGGGACUUCCAUAUUUUAUUGUCUUUUUGAUGGGGCUAAGUAUACUUACAUUUAUAAUGAAUCCAUACUGGAUAUACACAUCGACUCCACGACUCUUUGGUCCAAUUGACACAAACUCUCCAAAUACAGCUUUGAAAAAAGGAUCCUCUGGAAAAUUAAAUAGUGAAACAUUCCAAAAGAAGAAGAUAUAGUUUUGGAAGAUUAUUGUUUAAUAAUUAUAUUUGAUUCUUCCAUUCUCUGUUUUACUGAUUAAAUGUAUGCUUCUUUGCUGUUCAACAGUUUCCAUCAGGGCUUUCCAUGCAGUACUAUUUUGCAUAUAGACAAUUAUUUUUGCAUAUGUUAAGGAUAACUUCAUGUUCAGCAAUCAGGAAUAACCAUGGUAUAAAUUUCUCAUAUUAAAAAACGAGUUCGUACAGGAUUACUUGUUGUUUUUUAAAGUUACAGAUCAACAUGGCUACCGCUCUGAGACUUCUCAUAUUAAGACUUUUAUAAUGGAAUAGGUGAAAACUGCCCAUUUAAUUAUUACAGAUUAUUAAUACCAAUGCAACUUCACAAAAAUUGUCUUUUAUGCAGGUAUGUCACAGGGUAUGCACAUCCCAUCUCUCUUUGGGGGUGGAGUGGGGGUAGUGAUAUUACCUACAGCCCACUGUACUCUGCCUGACUGUCUGAGGGUUCAGGGAUGUACGCCCUAAUGGCCAGGGUCAAUAUGACUGCCAUCGGCAUUCAGGGCCAUGUGGCCUAAUGAACAUAGUUGAGUGCUACCUAAAGGGGGUGGUAAAUAGGAAUAGGACCCAGGUCCACCCUACUCCACCAGGUUCCAUCCCAGGCCCUGUCAACGGUGGGUGAUUACAACAUGCAAACCUUACUUGGCUGGCAAAUACCACUCAUUCUGCCUCCCUGGAGCACUUUCUCCUGAGUCUCCUGGAGGUGGAGUUCAUAUAUCAUUGGCAUCUCUGGAUUCCCUGGCAUGGGUGGAUCACUGGAACUCUGACUUUUGCAUAUCGACUGUAGGUAGAAGGUUACAAGACUAAUCAUAACAUAAGAACGGCCGUACUGGGUCAGACCAAAGGUCCAUCUAGCCCAGUAUCCUGUCUGCCGAUAGGGGCCAGCACUA